AUGCAUCUCACAGUAACGCCCACGACAUCAGUGUGCGGCACAACCACCACCACGCACUCAGCCUCCGUGCGACAGCUGCAGCCUGGAUGCUGCUCCUCCCCACAGACCCGCGUGCUGAUUGCUGAAAUUGAUCAGAAGCAGCGCGUGUUUGCGGAAGUAGAUGGCGCCACCAGGCUCCUAAGUUCCACCACAGGCAGUGGAGCUCGGUGUAAAGCCGCCAAAAAGCCAGCUCGCUGUGAGAACCCCACGACACAUCCUCCCAUGUUUACUGCUGUCAUAAGACCGAAAGCAAACAAGCGACAGAUUAGGGAGGAAAAAAAACUGAAGCCUAACUUAGAGACAAUCGUGAUAUCAUCACAAAAACUCAUUUUCCGUCGCUGUGUCACCAAGGAGGGAGCUGCCACACAUCUGUGUCUACAUCAGCAGACACAAGCCAGCAGGCCACCAAAGCAUCUGUUGCCAUGGCGACCACAAAGUCGGUGGUGUGGAGGAUGGGGGACCAAUCAGAGCGGACCUCUUUCAACGGAAGCGCCACGAACAGGACGGGCGACGGGCAACGGCGAUGAUUACUACGACUACGACGUCUCCGACCACGCGCUGCCCCUCGGUGAACUCAUCCCCGUGGCCUUGGUGUACGGCCUGACCUUGACCCUGGGCAUGAUCGGCAACCUGCUGGUGAUCGUGGUGGUGGCUCGCUACCGGAGCAUGAAGAACAUCACCAACACCUUCCUCCUCAGCCUCGCCUCCGCCGACCUGCUGCUCGUGUGCAUCUGUAUCCCCAUCAAGUUUGCAGCUUUCUUCUCCUUCUCCUGGACAUUCGGCGAGUUCUUGUGCCGGGGGGUCAGCUACCUGCAGAACGUCUCCGCCCUCUGCUCCGUGCUGACACUCAUGGUCAUGAGCGCUGAGAGGUACUACGCCAUCCUGCACCCGAUGCGGGCCAAGUACGUGUGCACCGUGGGCAGAGCUCGCCGCGCCAUCUUCAUCCUGUGGGUGGUCUCCCUUGUGCUGGCCAUGCCCAUCGUCUUCCAGACGAUUCACCGAGAGGUGGGCAAUCGACACCAUGCUUACUGGUGCGUGAAGAACUGGGAGGACACGGUGCACUCCAUGUUGUACGAAGUCUACAUGCUGCUCGUCAUGCUCGUCCUCCCGCUCUCGGUCAUGACCUUUGCCUAUGUCGGCAUCUGCUACGAACUCUGGGUCAUGAGCAGCGUGCGCUCUGCCAUCGCCUCCAGAGGCUGUUGGUACAAUGAAGUUGUCUGUUGUGACGAAGCAGGUGCAGUAAUGGCACGGAUCACCAAGGGUCCCGUCUGGAUUCGUUCUCCAAGAAGACAUCUCACUGCGGGUCAAAAGGUUCUUCCGGUCCACGGCAGACACACUCGCUACACGUUCCGGUCCUCGGCCAGCCAGCCAUCGUCCGUGUGCAGCAGCCCGUACCGCGACCACACCGAGCGCUCGCCAGUGCUGCGUGCCAUCAGGUCCGACAACCCUCAUCCUGACGACGACCGCACUCGCAAACAGGUGAUCAAGAUGCUGGUGUUUGUCAUCGUUGUCUUCGUCAUCUGCUGGGCGCCACUGCUCGUCUCCAACGUCCUCACAGCGUUUGGAAUCCUCCACCCGCUGAACUACGGGUACUUGAAGCCAAUGAGGCAAGUAUUCUAUCUCCUCGCUUACGCCAACUCCUGCGUCAACCCUCUCAUCUACGGCUUCAUGUCACGUCACUUCCGCCAGACCUUCUUGCACGCCAUCUGCACGUGUGUCAAAGGGAGAGAAUACACGCAGACUCUGUUCCUCAAGAGACAGAAUUCUUUUCAAACAAGGUCUACCAACAUGGGGUACAGCAAUGAUGGCUCGGACCUGGAGCUGACCACGGUGGAAAAUCCCUGCGGCAACUGCGUGGGAAGCGCCGUGUAAAGGCUGUGUAAACAAACAAAAUGUUUAUAAACAAACAAAUGUCUUUAUGAACAAACAAAUUAAAAAAGCGCAUUGCGCAGCCGCUCUUCUGUGAGGUUUGUCCUGAUAAUGACCCGGGUAGAUCAGGCAGUUCCGCUAACUGAAAAAAAUGAUAAGUAAUAUGAAAUUGAUAAUAAGUAACAUAAAAGUAAUGAUAAGUAAUAUAAAGACGAAGGGGGAUGUUGCUAAAGGAUGUUACAAAAAAAUGAUUGGGUUUAUUAACUUGACAUAAGCAUGCGUGUGUGUGUUCGUGUGUGUGUGUCUCUCUCUCUUCAAUGUUUGAGUCUGUCCCCCUCUGACCACAUGAAGACACUUGAUUGCUCAGGUUUUUCUCACAGUCGUUGCUUACACUGAGAAUCGUGCGGAGUAUAACUGUCACCUCAUUAUUUGUAAAUAUUUCAGAUACUUCGCUAAAACAAACUUUAUUUGAUAUCUGCAGUGUUAUUCUGUAUUUGUAGGCAAUCUGUUUACAGUUUAUUAAAUGUUCAAAGUAAGGGGCUUCUAUAAGCACACACUCUCAGUGGUCACAGGAGCAAUCACUGUGCUUACAGAGUUCAUUUUCCUUGUCUGAAAUUCCACUUUAUUAUUAUUAUUAUUAUGAGCGAGUAUUGGCAUUAUGUGUUUAUAUUUUUACUAGUGUCAGAUUGGUUGACAUUUGAGUUUUGCGAUGAAGCACUUGAGGUUGUCCACCCUCACUGAACCUUUAAAAAUCCCGGCAGUCGCUUUGAAUUACAAAGGUUUUUGUUUGUUUGUUGUCAGAAGACAUUUUCUCAAGGUUUGCGUAGCUGCACAUUUGUUGUGUUUUGUCAAUCGAGUCCCGAUGGUUGCCAGCCUGUUUCUCAACUGUUAUCCACAUUGUGCUCGUCCAUGUACAACGUUUGUGUUCUGAAGUAAACAAAUGUUUAUCUGUUGUUUGUCGGCUUUCCCCAAUAAAAGAUGUUUACAAGGUUC